CGAAAAGACCGCGAUAAUCGUAAUGUCUAAUGAGUAAUGAGAAAUGAGUAGUUACAAUAAUAUAUUAAAUUUGUCAUUCUUUGUCGAUCCUUCGGCGUCUUGACGUUCUGUGUAUAAAUAUAAUAUUAUUUUAGCUUGCAUUUAAGACGUUUAGGAAGUUUUUAUUUCUUAAAACUCCCACAUCAUGUACGAACUUCUAAACGAUAUUUUGCAAUGCAUCGAAUUCGUGUCCAGAAGCGUAUUGCCUAACUUGGCAGAAAUAGAAGAAACGUGGGGCCGAUGCUCUCAAUUAUACGCAGGUUUUGUGGAAAAAAUCAACGUGGCUUGGAGAGCUCCUUUGGAUACAGAUUUUUUGGAAGAGUUCCCUGACAUAAGAAUUAAAGUGGCAAAAAAACUUGAACGGCUUGGAAAUGACCAAUUAUCUGUCUUACGUUUACUUAUAGGACGUAUGUCUAACAUAAAUGAGUGUCUCAAAAUUAAAUUGGAUAGAAUUAACAACAGACUUGAGCAAAUAUCGUUUGAAGAACAUAAUGAGCUUAAGCAUUCAGUCCCCGAACAUGUCAUGUGGAUAGAAGACUGUUGGACAUGUCUCCAUUGCUUAUACAUGCAACUUGAUUUUGCAAUGAUGUCAUUAAUUGUAUUAGAUGAAGAAUCAGCAUCAAAUUUGGUUAAAGCAAUUCGUCAAGAUGAAAAGGGUAAAUCAACCAUAAGAAAGUCACAGAUGUAUAUGCAAAGCUGCUUAAGUUUAAUUAAAUUUAUAUCAAAUAAAACAAAGAUUAAACAGCUAUGCAUAUAAAUUUGAUUUUCCUAUUUAUGCUUUUCAUAUUUUUUCUAUAAAAUAUAUUGUGAAAAAAUAAAUAAAUUAGUUUCUUAAGACUAAUUUUAUUAAUUUUAUUAAUUCUAUUGUUUUCAUCAAUAAAAACAGUCUUACACUAAAACAA